AUGGAAUUGACUGUUGCAAAGCGGUUCUGUCUUUGGGUCUACAAGGAUACAGCUUUCAUUUCCAUCAUAUUUUUUUGCAUCAUAUGUGAGGCUGUUACUGAACAGAUUCAUUAUUCAAUUCCCGAGGAAAUGCCAAAAGGUUCCUUUGUGGGGAACAUUGCAAAAGAUCUUAGACUGGAUAUAAAGGACUUCUCACACCAUGGAGUCAGCUUUGUUUGCAGAGGUAAGAUGGAAUAUUUUGCUUUAAAUAAUAAGAGUGGCCAUUUAUACAUGAAGGAGAGACUGGAUAGAGAACUGACCUGUCCCCAGGUAGAAAGAUGUCUCUUUAGUUGUGAAGUUAUUUUAGAAAGUGCAAUGAAGAUUUAUAGAAUUGAAAUAGAAAUUAUUGAUAUCAAUGACAAUGCUCCAAGCUUUAAAUCAGACAUAUUCCAGUUAAAAAUCAGUGAGGUGACAGAAGGCGGGACACGAUUCCGUCUACAUGAUGCCCACGAUCCAGACUUAGGGAUGAAUUCUGUUCAGAGUUAUAAACUCAGUGUGAAUAGACACUUUUCUCUGGAUGUGCAAACUGGAUUGGAUGGUGCAAUAUAUGCAGAAAUUAUAUUGGAAACACCUUUGGACCGAGAAGAGCAAACUAUGCAUGAUCUUAUUCUCACUGCUUUUGAUGGGGGAGAUCCAGCCAAAUCUGGCACAACCCAAAUCCACAUUAGUGUCCUCGAUGCAAAUGACAAUGCACCCAUUUUUAGCCAACCUGUAUACACAGUGACUGUUGCAGAAAAUGUGCUCCCUGGCUAUAUAGUAGUUAUAGUAAAAGCCACUGAUCUCGAUGAAGGAAUCAACAGAGAAGUAACAUACUCCUUCAAAAAAAUAUCUGACACAGCUUCUCAGAACUUCUACCUAAACCCAGAGACAGGUGAAAUUAUUCUUGUAGGGAAGCUGGAUUAUGAAGAAUCUACACUGUAUGAAAUAGAGAUUCAAGGCACUGAUGGAGGAGGGCUAUUUAAUAUAUCAAAAGCUGUGAUUUUUGUAAGUGACGUUAAUGAUAACAUACCUGAAAUAGCUGUCAGGUCACUGACUCAUUCAGUUCCUGAGGAUUCUCCAACAGGAACUGCCAUUGCCUUGCUAAACGUACAUGAUGAAGAUUCAGGAGAGAAUGGGAAAGUCAUAUGCUCUAUUCCUACUAAUAUUCCUUUCCAGUUAACAAAAACAUUUGAUAAUUAUUACACUAUGGUCAUUGCUAGAGCAUUGGACAGAGAGCAGGUAGCAGCCUACAACAUCACUAUCACAGCCUCAGAUCAAGGCGUGCCACCUCUUUCAUCAAAAACCCUAAUUGUGCUUCAGAUUUUGGACAAAAAUGACAAUGCUCCAGACUUUGUGCAAGCAGCAUACACUUUCUACCUUGCAGAGAACAACCAGAGAGGGGCCUCCAUAUUUCAUCUAAAAGCAGAGGAUCCAGACUGGGGGGAAAAUUCAAAAACCAUCUAUUCCAUUAUUGAAAGUCAAAUUAUUGACUCCUCUCUCUCCUCUUACCUAUCAAUUAAUUCAGAUACAGGAGUUGUUUAUGCCCUGCACUCCUUUGAUUAUGAAGAGUUUCGGGAGAUUCGGUUCCUGGUCAAGGCCCAGGAUGGAGGUUCCCCACCACUCAGCUCCAAUGUCUCAGUGACCCUCUUCAUCCUGGAUCAGAAUGACAAUGCUCCAGAAAUCCUGUACCCCUCCCCUCCCACAGAUGGCUCCACGGGGAUAGAGCUGGCCCCUCGCUCCUCUGAGCCAGGCUACCUGGUCACCAAGGUGGUGGCAGUGGAUGUGGACUCUGGGCAGAAUGCCUGGCUCUCCUACCAGCUGAUCAAGGCCACAGAGCCCGGGCUCUUCACUCUGGGGCUCCACACUGGAGAGAUCAGGACAGCCCGUUUCUUUCUGGAGAAAGAUGCUCUUAAGCAAAGCUUGGUGGUUUUAGUGAAGGACAAUGGGCAGCCACCUCUCUCGGCCUCAGUCACAGUCACUGUGGUGCUUGCUGAUAGCAUCUCUGACAUACUGACUGAUCUAAGCAAUGUCUCAGUAUCUGCAGACCCACAGUCAGAUCUCACCUCCUACUUGGUGAUUGCAGUGGCUUUUGUGUCCUGCUUGUUCUUUGCCUUCCUCCUUGUGUUAUUGGCACUCAGAUUUCACAGGUGGAGAAAUUCUCAGCUGUGUGACAAUGCAAGUGUGAAUUUCAAUAGUGUUCCAGUUUCACAAUUUGUAGGGAUUGAUGGAGUCCGGGCAUUUCUUCAGUCUUAUUGCCAUGAGGUUUCAUUGACUUCAGGCUCUCGGAAAAGCCAGAUCCUUUUUCCAAUUGGAAGUUGUUCCAAUACUCUGGUACCACAGCAGGCUCCUGAUGAGCCGGGUCCUUUAUUAGUCAUAGGUGAUUCUAACACCAUUAAGAAGGAGGCAGCAACCUGUCAGGUGAGCAUGUAA